AAGGAAGUCAGAGAGGCGACCCGCUGUCCUGGCUGAAGUUUCUAGAACCCAGAACAUAAGCGAAGGUGUGGCCCGAGGACAGCCCCGCUUCUUCCUCUCCGGGCGGAAGUUUCGGGGCAGUUACCGGAAGUCUUCGUGAGGUGGGGCGGGGCCUGUGCAGCGGCACGGAGGGCACGAUAUGGCUACCGAGGGGGAUGUGGAGCUGGAGUUGGAGACUGAGACCAGCGGCCCGGAGCGGCCUCCCGAGAAGCCACGGAAGCAUGACAGCGGUGCAGCGGACCUGGAGAGAGUCACUGACUACGCGGAGGAGAAGGAGAUCCAGAGUUCCAAUCUGGAGACGGCCAUGUCCGUGAUUGGAGACAGACGGUCCCGGGAGCAGAAAGCCAAACAGGAGCGGGAGAAGGAACUGGCCAAAGUCACCAUUAAGAAGGAAGAUCUGGAGCUGAUAAUGACAGAGAUGGAGAUCUCAAGAGCAGCAGCAGAACGGAGCUUGAGGGAACACAUGGGCAACGUGGUAGAGGCUCUUAUUGCCCUAACCAACUGAUUUGUGCUUUCUCAGACCCACUCACUGGAUUAUUUUAUUUCAAUAAAGAUGUAGCUUUUUUUUUUUUUUU